UGGGAUUAACUCUAGGGCGUUUCGCUUUGGCGUCCCUUUGCCCCUAAGAAGAGUAAGAAUAAUGGAGAGAGCGAAGAGGGAACGACGGAGAGACGACGGCAACGAGGAAGAAGAAAGAAGAGGCGAAGCUCCACCGGAAUUUCCCCUUCUUCCGCUAGAGAUCAUCAGGGAGGUUCUCCUUCGUUUACCCGUGAAAUCAAUCGGCCGAUUCAGGUGCGUGUCUAAGCUCUCUCGCGCCCUCUCAUCGGAUCCUGAGUUUGCGAAGACCCACCUCGAUCUAUCCCUUCGAAACGACGCCUUCCGAUCAGGUCGGCGAAAGCUCAUCGUGUCUUUCCACAAUCUCUACACGGUGGAUUUCGAUUCGAUCGGUGAUGGGUGUGAAGGAAUUAGGGAGUUGGAUGCUGUGGAGAUCAGUUACCCGCUCAAAGACCAACCCAGCUUCUUUUGUGAGAUUAUUAGAGGGUUAGUCAGAGGUAGGAUUUCGUGCUUUGGUUUCACGUUCGAAGAGCGUUCUGUCAUGGUUAAUCUCAGUUCAUCGCCUUAUCGGAGAAACUGGGUCGAUAUUGUCGGAUCUUGCAAUGGUUUAGUGUGUAUCUCUCCUGCUGACGGCGCCGUGUUCAUGUUCAAUCCGACCACCGGAGAAUCUAAGAGAAUUCCGGACUUGCCCGAAUCGGGGUUCGAAGAGGAAGAUUACGAAACAUUUGGGUUCGGGUUCGAUGCUAUAACCGAUGAUUAUAAGGUGGUGGCGCUUGUCUCGGGUGAUGAUGUUCUGAACUCCAGUGUUUAUUCUCUGAAGACAGAUUCUUGGAAACCACUUGUGAAUUUUCCAUACCGCGGUAGCUUGAACAGGUCUGGGGUUCUCGUCAAUGGCGCAAUCCACUGGGUUGCAAGUCCUGAAGAGGAUAACCGACGAGUCGUAGUUGCAUUCGAUCUAACCAGCGAACAGUUCAAAGACAUGGCUUUACCCGAUGAAGCUGAGGAUUGCCAACACAGGUUUAGGGGUUUUGUGGCCGGGAAUCUCAACGGGCGGCUCUGCAUCGUCAACAAUUGCCAGGAGAUGCACGAUGAUAUCUGGGUGAUGAAUGAGUACGGCAUGGCUAGCUCAUGGAGCAGAAUUCGGAUCAGUGUGUGUUACAGUUUCAUGAAGCCACUGUGUUCGGGUAAGAACGAGGAGGAAACUCUCAUGGAAGUGGACGGAGAGAUGGUGUUGUACAAUUUCGGGAAUGACACCUCGAGUUCAUUGGUCCUUAAAGGUGUUGAGCUGAGGGACGGAUUUGAGGCCAAUGCAUACAUAGAAAGCCUCAUAUCACCAAACUCGUACGGUAGGGCUUAGCUCGUGGUCAUUGCACCAGCUCAGGAGGCGUGCAAUAGUUGUCUGAAAACGUCGGAGAACGGGUUUUCCUCGGAAUAAAUCUGCGUUUAGAGGUGCAACUGAGUUCCGGGUUCGAUUUCAUUUCAUCAACUUAUGGUGACGAUGAUGGUUCAUUUAAGAUCCCCAUUCAUUAGCUGGGGAUAGGUGGUGGUGAAACAAGAUUUGUUAAGCUAGUUUUGAUAUUUGUAAGGAAAAAAAAUUGAUCUUUUGACGUUUUUUGAAUA